AUUUUUAGCAAAUCUGAAAUAUGGGUUAUGGGGAGAUCGCAAGAAAGAGAUGUCAAUCAGAGAUCACUCAUAUGGGAAAUGAAACCCAUCAUGAUUCAAGAACACAAUAGAACUAAAAUUCAUAUUAUUUCUUGUUAUCAUUUUGAAUGAAAGCUUAGAUAAAAAAAAGGUGAUUUCUUUGUAUCUCUUUCAUGGCUUCAUCUUCAUUAGACAACACAAUCCCUCUUCUAUCAUCUUCUUCAUCCAGCCCAUGUAAGCCUUCUGCAACUUCUUUCCUCUUCAUCUCUCUCCUUCUCACCACUAUCAUCAGCCUGUCUGUAACCGGAUUUCUUGCCUUCAUCUUUUACUCUUCUCCAGAAGAAGACGAAUUAUACGCUCGUCCACUCACAAAACUCAAACACCCUGUUGUAAUCAUGAUUUCAUCAGAUGGGUUUCGAUUUGGUUACCAAUUUAAAACCUCAACGCCAAACAUUGACCGUUUGAUAAAAAAUGGAACAGAGGCAGAAAAAGGCUUAAUUCCAGUCUUCCCAACUCUUACAUUCCCAAAUCACUACUCAAUUGUCACUGGUUUAUACCCUGCUUUUCAUGGAAUCAUCGAUAACCGUUUCACCGAUCCAUUUACUAACGAAACUUUCACAAUGGCUAGCCAUGACCCUAAAUGGUGGCUUGGAGAACCCUUAUGGGAAACUGUGGUUAAUCAUGGUUUAAUCGCUGCAACUUAUUUCUGGCCUGGUUCCGAAGUGAAAAAAGGUUCAUGGAACUGCUCAAAAGAUUUAUGCUUUCCUUACAAUAGUUCGGUUUCGUUUGAAGAAAGAGUCGAUUCGGUUCUUUCUUACUUCGAUUUGCCUGAUGAUGAAAUCCCAGUGUUUAUGACAUUGUACUUUGAAUACCCAGAUCAUCAAGGUCAUCAAUUUGGGCCUGAUGAUCCUCGAAUCAAUGAAGCUGUUGAGAAAAUAGAUAAGAUCGUGGGAAAACUUAUCAAAGGUCUUGAAAGACGUGAAAUCUUCGAAGAUGUUACGAUAAUCAUGGUGGGUGAUCAUGGAAUGGUGGGGACUUGCGAUAAAAAAGUGAUAUUUCUCGAUGAUUUAUCACCAUGGGUUAAGAUUCAAAGAAAUUGGGUUCAAUCGUACAGUCCUUUGCUAGCGAUCAGACCGUCCGUAGGUUACAAUCAUUCUGAAAUCGUGACGAAGAUGAACGCAGGUUUGAGAUCUGGGAAAGUUGAAAACGGUGAGUAUUUGAAAGUUUAUCUCAAAGAAGAACUCCCCAAAAGAUUACAUUAUUCAGAUAGUUAUAGAAUCCCGGCCAUCAUAGGACUGGUCGGAGAAGGAUUUAAGGUUGAACAGAAACAGUCGUUUGUGAAAGAAUGCGGAGGAACACAUGGCUAUGACAACACGUUAUUUUCUAUGAGAACCAUCUUCAUUGGACAUGGACCGCAGUUUGGGAGAGGAAAAAAGGUUCAGUCUUUCGAGAAUGUUGAGGUUUACAAUUUGGUUACAUCAAUUUUGAAUAUACAGGGAGCUGGUAAUAACGGUAGUUUGGAAUUUCCUAGGUCUGUUAUUUUGCCUAGCCGACAUGAUUGAGUUGAAAUGAU